AUGGAUCCUUCACGGAAUGAAUGUGUGGUUAAUUUGGAACUUGAUAGUGAUGAAUCUGAUGAUGUGUUUAACAUAAACUUAGACAAUGGUGCAGAUGCAAAUUCUGAUUUUGUUGAUGGUGAAGGAGUUGUAAUUGGUGAUGAUUUAGACAAUAUGAUUCAUGAAGAUGUUGAAUUAGAUUGUGAAAAUAAUAUCACUCCUCCGUAUGUAUGGAUGGCCUUUGAUUCUGCUGAUGGAGUGAUAAACCAUUGUCAUGAAUACGCGCAUUCUAAUGGAUUUCAAAUUAGAAUCAGAAGUUCCGAAAGAAUAGAAAAAUCGGGAACUAUGACAACGGAAAUUUCUAUUGAACGAAAUCGACAUAUAGAAGACUUUAGUGAUUGCAAGAGAUUGAGGUUAGUUUGUUCAAAAGAAGGAAAGUUCAAAUCAAAGUCAAAUAAUCCUCAACGAGCAACUAAGUCUACCAUUACAGGAUGUCAGUUUAAGGUAAACGCAUCACUUUGUUCUGAUGGUUUAUGGAAGCUAACUAGAGUACUGUUAGAGCAUAACCACCCUUGUGAUCUGAAUAAUACAAAAUUCAUGAGAAAUUAUAAAUUCAUCAGUGAGAGAAAUAAGAGAACAAUUCUGGAAAAUGACACGGUCGGUGUUCCUAUUGCAAAGAAUUAUAACUCAUUUGUAGUAAAGUAUGGUGGCCAUAACAAUGUUCCUUUUGACGAGAGAGAUUGUCGCAAUUUAAUAAGUAAGACUAGAAGUCUAAGUUUACAACAAGGAGACUUUGUUGCGAUGAGGAGACAUUUCUACGAAAUGAUAUUAAGCAAUUCAAAUUUCUUUUACAUGUACGACACUAACGAGGAUAGCUCAUUGAGGAACGUUUUUUGGGCGGAUGGUAGGAGUAGAUCGGCAUACAAAGACUUUGGUGAUAUCUUGUCAUUUGAUACAACUUAUAUCUCAAAUAGGUAUAAGAUGCCGUUUUCUCCAUUCAUUGGAGUAAAUAAUCAUGGUCAAUCGAUUCUUUUUGGUCGUGCCUUGUUAGCCGGAGAAGCGACUGAAAAUUUCGUAUGGUUGUUUAAUGCAUGGAUGACAUGCAUGUCCGGGAAGGCUCCAAUUGGUAUCCUAACUGAUCAAUGCCAAGCUAUUGGUUAG